AUGGUCUCUCCAAGCAUCCUCGCACUCUGCCUUGCGGCAAUCGUUUACGGUCACGGCGACCAUGAAGACCAUCAAAAGUCCAUGUCUGGACCUCAUCAGUCUCUCUGGUAUAACACGAUUCCGGGUGACGGCGGCACUCAGGCCGACUCUGUGUUCUCAGGCAUUUCUACCUUUGGUCGCCUGCCAUACCAGCCCUGCCUGGGUGCAAAGAAUGUCAAGUACGAUAUUGCUUUCAUUGGCGCCCCCUUUGACACUGGUACUUCGUACCGCCCCGGUGCUCGCUUUGGCCCAUCAGGAAUUCGCCAGGGCUCACGCCGCCUGAACCUCUACGGAGGUUACAAUGUGCCGUUGGCCACCAACCCGUUCAAUAGCUGGGCCACUGUCCUAGACUGUGGAGACAUUCCAGUAACAUCGUACGACAACACGUGGGCUCUGCACCAGAUCGAGGAGGGACACUUUGAGAUCCUGUCUCGCCAACCUGCGACAGAUGCGGCGAAGAAGGGACCUGCGAAGAAUGAGCGCACCCUGCCUCGGGUCAUCACUCUAGGCGGUGACCACACCAUCACCCUACCCCUGCUGCGUUCCAUCAACCGCGCCUACGGUCCCGUGUCUGUCAUCCACUUCGAUAGCCAUCUCGAUACAUGGCGCCCCAAGGUCUUUGGCGGUUCUCCGUCAGAAGUUGCCAGCAUCAACCACGGCACCUACUUCUACCAUGCCUCGCAGGAGGGCCUGCUGCGCAACGAUUCGAACAUCCACGCUGGUAUCCGCACGACGCUCAGCGGACCCAGUGACUACGAGAAUGACGGAUACUGCGGCUUUGAAAUCGUCGAGGCUCGCGAGAUUGACAAGAUCGGCACGGAUGGCAUUAUUAAGAAAAUCAUUGACCGCGUCGGCACCAAGAACCCGGUCUACCUCUCUCUGGAUAUUGACACCCUUGACCCUGCUUUCGCUCCCGCUACCGGAACACCCGAGACGGGAGGCUGGUCCACCCGCGAGCUUCGUACCAUCCUUCGUGGCUUAGAGGACCUCAACCUGAUUGCCGCUGAUAUUGUGGAGGUUGCUCCUGCUUACGAUACCAACGCCGAGCAUACCACCAUGGCUGCAGCUGAUGCGCUCUACGAGAUCAUGAGCAUUAUGGUCAAGCGCGGCCCCCUCAGCGCCAUGGUCAACCAGACCGAGGUCAGUGAGGAGCUGUAG